AUCGACAUGGGGUUAUUUAAAACAGCUAGAAGCGAAUAUUGAAAAAAAACAACGUAAGGAUAAAAUGUUAGCUAGCUGUUAGCUGUAGCGACAAGUGCCAGCGGCGGAUGGACGGAGCCUGGAUCCGGAUCCGAUCAGGAGCGUUCGGGUUCAGCUAGUUAGCUGGUCGGUUAGCCGGUCAGCUAACACGGGCUGUUAAUCUGUAUGAGACAACACAGGCAGGGACAAGCGUUAGCAGGCAUCUCUGCUCAGCAUUACUCCACAAAGAGAAAAAGGAGGAAAGCUUAAUCCUAGUUUGAUCCAUGGAGCCCACACAGCUCUGGAUCUCUAUCCAACAUCCAGGAGGAAGCUAGUCGGAGCUAGCAGGCGGCUCACAGUGAUUCGGUUUUUGUGCAACAUCUCUCGGGCUUCAGCAGAUUCUGAGACCUGCUAGUGUCUCUGGAUCUUUCUUUUUCAUCAGACUGGUUUUAAUUAAAUUUAAUGUAACUCAACAUUGAUUCCUCCAUGGGAUCCUCGCAGUGGGUUGAAAAGGCAGACAGGCUGACGUGAUGACGUUACCGGGAGAAGCCGCUCUCCUGCUGGCUCACAGCUGAUGGAGAGGAGUCCCUGCUCCUCCUCUCACACAGACGGCCGGGGUCGUAUGAGGAGGACGCGGAGCCCAGGACUGAUACACUGAACUGGACAGUAAACGUUUCUCGCAUCAACUGGAAGGAAGCCCUGACCCGGUUUGAUAGUUUGAUGGAAAUGGAUGCCUUGCCUGUUGAUGAGUUUACAAGAUAAAGCUUUUUUGGUUUCACGGAUGUUUCUGUUUUGAUCAACUGGAGCGAGCGAGUCUUGGAUCUGCCACAAAAAAAGGAUUUCUAAAUAUUUUCCGAUACUCUCAUCUGUUGCCUUGUCAUUGAUUCAGCAUCAACGAGGUAGUUCACAGAUCAAAAGCAUCAAAAUGACUUGAAUGAGUGCCUUUUAGUUGUGUAUGCAGCCCAUUGGCUAUAUAACACCUUCAGUCCAGCAAUGUUAAAACCCACCGUUUUGUGACCUCAAGUUUUUCACCUUUUAUUACUGCGAAUAACCAGUUAACCGAGGGAAAACGCAAGAACUAUGCACCGUUGUCUCUCAUCUGACACAGAACCAGUAACCUCAGCGGAGGAGAGGCGCUCGUAAAGGUACCGACCCCUCUGAAAAACCUCCGACCUCCCUCUGGGUGACAUUUCAUUUUUGGUUUUAUACCCACGGGCUGUGUAGAGUGCUGCAGGGAUGUUCGCCGCCGUGGAGCAUGGUCCGGUCCUCUGCAGCGACUCCAACAUCCUGUGCCUGUCCUGGAAGGGCCGCGUGCCCAAGAGCGAGAAGGAGAAGCCAGUGUGUAGGAAGCGCUACUACGAGGAGGGCUGGCUCGCUACCGGCAACGGGAGAGGGGUUGUCGGGGUUACGUUCACGUCCAGCCACUGUCGACGGGACCGGCCCACCCCGCAGAGAGUCAACUUCAACCUCAGAGGACACAACAGCGAGGUGGUGUUGGUGCGGUGGAAUGAACCCUUCCAAAAGCUGGCCACCUGUGAUACGGACGGAGGGAUCUUUGUUUGGAUCCAGUAUGAGGGCCGCUGGUCUGUGGAGCUGGUCAAUGAUCGUGGAGCACAGGUCAGUGACUUCACCUGGUCCCACGAUGGCACCCAGGCCCUCAUCUCAUAUCGUGACGGCUUCGUCUUGGUGGGAUCAGUGAGCGGACAGAGACACUGGUCCUCAGAGAUCAACUUGGAAAGCCAGAUUACCUGCGGCAUCUGGACCCCUGAUGACCAGCAGGUGUUGUUUGGUACUGCCGAUGGACAGGUGAUCGUGAUGGACUGCCACGGGCGCAUGCUGGCCCACAUUCUACUGCACGAGUCGGAUGGCAUCGUCAGCAUGUCUUGGAACUAUCCCAGCUUCCUGGUGGAGGACAGCAGUGAGAGCGACACUGACUCUGACGACUACUCCCCACCGCAAGUGCACAGUCAGAAACCACUGCUGACCGUCAGCUUCACCUCCGGAGACAUCAGCCUGAUGAACAACUAUGACGACCUCUCACCUACCCUCAUCCGCACCGGUCUGAAAGAUGUGGUGGUCCAGUGGUGCGCACAGGGGGACCUCCUUGCAGUGGCAGGAAUGGAGAGGACCCUCCUCUCCCCUGACCCCACCUGUCCUAACCCCACCAGGAACGCUAUUGUCAAGUUCUACAACGUUCAAGGAGAACACAUCUACACUCUGGACACACCAGCACAGCGCCCCAUUACCACGCUGUGCUGGGGUCACCGUGACUCACGCCUGUUUCUGGCAUGCGGCCCGGCACUCUAUGUUGUACGAGUGGAGCACCGCGUUGCCAACCUGCAGCUCCUGUGCCAGCAGGGCAUUGCCACCGCAGUGAAGGAGGAAAAAGAUGUCGCCAAGCUCACCAUGCCUUCCCGCCUCUGUUCCUACGUCACCGCUGCGUUCGUCCCCACCAUCAAGCCCCCCAUCCCUGAUCCCAACAACAUGCGUGAUUUUGUGAGCUACCCAACGGCUGGAAACGAGCGUCUGCACUGCACCAUGAAGCGAACAGAGGAUAACCCUGAGGUGGGAGGGCCGUGCUACACUUUGUACCUGGAAUAUCUAGGAGGUCUGGUGCCCAUCCUGAAAGGCAGAAGGAUAAGCAAACUGCGUCCAGAGUUUGUCAUCAUGGAUCCCAAGACAGAUGGGAAAACAGACGAGAUUUAUGGCAACAGUCUGAUAUCUGCCAUGAUUGACAGCUGUAACUGCUCAGACUCCAGCGAUAUUGAGCUCAGUGAUGACUGGGUGGGCAAGAAAUCUCCAAAGAUAUCCAGAGGCAGCAAAUCCCCCAAACUGCCCAGGAUCAAUAUUGAUCCCAGGAAGUCACCCAAACUGUCUCGAGCUACACAAGAGAUCUCCAGGUCACCGCGGUUACCAAUACGGAAACCCUCGAUCGGAUCGCCCAGUCUGACGCGGAGGGAGUUUCCUUUGGACGACAUCACUCAGCAAAAUUACCUCGCUCAGGUCACAUCCAAUAUUUGGGGGACAAAGUUCAAAAUUGUUGGGCUGGCCACAUUCUUGCCAACCAAUCUUGGUGCAGUCAUCUAUAAGACCAGCCUCCUCCAUCUGCAGCCCAGACAGAUGACCAUCUACCUGCCAGAGGUGCGCAAGAUCUCCAUGGAUUACAUCAACCUGCCUGUCUUCAGCCCCAACGUCUUCAGCGAGGAUGAGGACGACCUGCCUGUCACGGGCCCUGCUUGUGGAGCCGAAGACAACAACCCACCCUGCACUGUCAACAUCCCUAUUGCACCCAUCCAUAGCCCCGCCCAGGCCAUGUCACCUGCCCAAAGCAUCGGUCUGGUUCAGUCACUCCUAGCCAAUCAAAAUGUUCAGCUGGAUGUCCUAACCAAUCCCACGGCAACUCCUUCAGGGGCGGCUGCCAGUGGGUCAGACCAAAGCCAAGACACCAUCCUGACAGCCCAGUACACAGUCCCCACCCGGUACUCCAGUCCUGGUCAGGUCAUCUUUGGGGGCCUAGAAAUGAGUCGCCUCAUGGUGGGACCUCCACCCUCUCAUCAUCCCUCACAACAACAACAACAACAACAACAACAACAACAGCAACAGAGUCACCAUCAACAACAACAACAGCAGCAACACCACCAACUGCAACAGCAACAACUGCAACACCACCAACAACAAAUUCAGCAUCACCAACAACAACUUCAGCAGCAGCAGCAGCAGCUCCAUCAACAGCAGCAGCAACAGAUGCUUCAGCACCAACACUUACAACAGCAACAGCAACUUCAGCAACAACACAUCCAGCAGCAGCUCCAACACUUACAGCAACAGCAGCAGCAUCAACAUCAGCUUCAGCAGCACAUCCAGCAACAGCAACAGCUUCAACAGCAGCAUCAACAAAUGCAGCAGCACCUCCAGCAGCAGCAGCAACAAAUGCAUCACCAACAGCAAUCACAACAGCAGCCACAAAUGCAACAUCCACAGCAAUCACAGCAACAAAUGCAUCAUCCACAGCAAUCACAGCAGCAGCAACAAAUGCAUCAUCAACAGCAAUCACAGCAACAAAUGCAUUAUCAACAGCAAUCACAGCAACAGCAACAAAUGCAUCACCAACAGCAGUCACAGCAGCAGCAGCACCAGAUGCAACAACAACAGCACCACCAUCAUAUUCAACAGCAGCUCCAAAUUCAAAUACCUGUUCCCUCUUUGUCCUCAAGUCAGCCUCCAGGUCCAGCUGUGCUCCCACCAGGGGCGUUGCAGAUUCAGAUCCCUCACCCAUCCGGUGAGUUAGUGGUGGAGAGAACAGCAGGUGGUGAACAUGAGCACCUGCUUAAGAUCAAAAGCCCACGGCCAAUCCCACAGUUGGCUGAGGGAGACACUGUGGUGUUCAGUUCCCCUCCAGAGCUCAGCAAGAUGAACCCCCCACCCCCCUACCCUGGGACAGUGGCUGCCGCUGUGGCUGCCGCAGCUGCUGCUGCUGCUGCUUCAGCCUCAGCCUCCGCCUCAGCCUCGAACGCUGCAUCUGGACUAGGAGGAGGUACAAGCGGAACUCCACCACCCGGGGACCCUUGCCUAAAGAAAGGCGAGUUCCCUCUGCAUCCUUCAGGUCAGCAGCAAGCGCAGUACCCCACACCACUGGGAUAUGAAAGGAUAACAACCUUUGACAGCAGUGGGAAUGUGGAGGAAGUGUGUCGGCCUCGAACACGCCUUGUCUGCAAUCAGAAUGUCUACACACUCCAGGGACCUGGCAGCUCCGCCACUCUCAGGGUCACCUCCUCAUCAUCAUCCUCAGCUGACAAGAAGAUCCAGCUGCCCUAUGCCUCUGCAACCCUCAACAGACUCACUGCUCCUCGCUACUCCAUACCCAGUGGGGACCCGCCCCCCUACCCUGAUCCAGCCAAUCAGAACAAUACCAUAGGCAGGAACCCCGGACAGAGGCUGGACAGCAGUCUCAUCCACGCCACUCUCAGGAGGAACAGCCGAGAGGCCGCUCUCAAAGUUUCACAGAUGCUGGAACCACCUAGACCACUGCCUCCUAAGGCCAAAAAUAGUAGUGCACUAGCAGCCUCAUUCCAGCAGAGGGUGCCAACAGCCUUAUACACCUGCAGUCAGUGUAGCACUGGAUCCAGUGCUGGAAGCACUGCCCCAGGAAGUGCUAAUGGAAUAGCAGGAGGAACUAUUAUCAGGCAGGAUUUCCCUCCAGGGACUGGAGCACCACAUAGCACAGUUAUUGUUCACUCUAACAGCGCCACUGCUCUGGCCUCCCAGUCCUCGUACAACCUGCUGAGCUCUCUCGAAGGACCUGGGAGUGCAAUAGGAGGAGUGAGUACCAGAGACAGGGCUGAUUAUGUAAACUCAGCGUUUACUGAGGAUGAAACACUGAACCAGUCACUGAGGCAUCUAGCACUAGGAGGAACCGAUGCGUCAGGGCUGGUUGUCAAACGCCCACCUCCUUAUCAGUGGGAUCCCGCAGCCACAGAGGAGGUGUGGGUUCCUCAGGAACGGACAGCAACACUGAAUCCCACUGGCCCUCCUGGACCCCACAAACCACCCCCACUUAUUCUUAGCCCAGCUCAGCACUUGGAUGUGUCCAGACUGCCUUUUGUCCUUUCCCCUAAGUCCCCCACAAGCCCCAGUGCUGCUUCUUUUCAAGCUGCUGCAGCAGCUGCAGGCUACCAAAUCUCUCUCCAGUACCCUCCAGCUACUGCCUAUCCUGGAGCCCAGCUCCAGCCCAUCCAAGGAUCACCCCGCCCCUGCUCCUCUCCAAAAGAGAUGGUGGCACCAGUACCCUACUCACAGCAGGAUGCCACCCUUGUCUUACCGCCAGGAUACCCUGCUAACUUGGCAAACCUCGCCUGCUGCCCCCUCCCACCUUUGUAUACUGGAGGGGGGGCUUGUUCCGGGCUUCCUAUUCCCCCAAUUGCCCUUCACACUCCUUGGGGUACCUAUAACUCUUGCCCACCUAUGCCCAGUCCUGCAGUGCCACUACCACCCAAAGCCUCCCACAUGGCAGUUGACAAAAAUGUUCUCUCACCUCCACCUCCUCCCCCACCACCGCCUCCCCCACCACCAGCAGAACUCCAGAAUCAUGGAGGAUUACAGGAUGCCAUGGCCGAGGCUGGGGAAGGUUUUCAGGAGGUGCUCUCCCUGACCGAAAGCCCGGUUCCACAGCGGUCUGAUAAGUUCAGCAAGAAGAACCGUAAGCGUGUGGAUGGGCGCACAGAGGAGGCUAACGUGCCACCACUAGCAGAAGGGAGCAAGUCGAAAAAGGAGGGCAGAGCUUUAGGUGAUUUCAACUCACUUAUCUCAAGUCCACGGCUGGGGGGAAGGGACAAGAAGAAGCUGAAGGGACAGAAAGAGCAGCAGUUGAAGGCUAAGAAGCUGAGUAAAGCCACUGCCAACAGUGAGUUCCAGGACAGUUCAGAAAGUGAGCCGGAGCUGUUCAUCAGCGGGGACGAGCUGCUCAAUCAGUGCCAGAGCGGCAAGAAGGGCUGGAAGAGUAAGAGGAACCUGAGGGCUGCCAGUGAACUGGACGAGAUCAAAUGUCGAAAGGCCAAUGAGAAGGAGGACAGAGGACUGGGCAGCCAGGGAUUUGUGUACGUCAUGGCCAACAAGCAGCCUCUGUGGAAUGAAGCCACGCAGGUGUACCAGCUGGACUUCGGUGGGCGUGUCACGCAGGAAUCUGCCAAGAACUUUCAGAUAGAACUGGAGGGCAGACAGGUGAUGCAGUUCGGCAGGAUCGAUGGCAAUGCCUACAUCCUGGACUUCCAGUAUCCCUUCUCUGCUGUGCAGGCCUUUGCUGUGGCUUUAGCCAAUGUUACACAACGCCUCAAAUGAGAUGUCCCACUCCUUAUUUACCCUGAGUUAUAUCUGGGAUUAAAAUGCAAUCUGUUGAAGGGGCACAGUUGUUUGGUUUGGGAUUAUCAAACUUUGAUUUUUGGAGAGAAGACUAAAAUCAGCCCUGGUCAUAGAGAAACAAUCACGCUGCACUACACAAUGCUGCCACUAGAUUUGGUGCAAUAAGCAUUGGCUGCAUUUGCCAAGGAUGCCCUCAGAUCAGAUCUACCCUGUUUGACAGUCUGUGGUACCUUGCAAUGCAUGUAGGGCCAAAGAGCUGAGCUUUAGGUAAUCAUCAUGCAAAUAAAUGCUGCUUUAGCUAGAAGAAGCUCAUAGUUACAUAGUAACCGAUGGGUUAUUAACUGAGUGGAAAAGUCAUGGUGCAGUUUUCAGAUGAAGCAGCAGUAAUACUUGAAAACAACACUCUGGAGAUCAAAGUUUCUUCUCAGAGUGCACAGGUACUACUGGGCACUGAAAUCCAUUGCUGUACAAAAGUUCAGUGAAACAGUUACCACUUUAUUACACUGCUUUUGCUUUUAGGGUUUUAUUAAACGACUAAACAUAGUGGAGAGUCGUUUUUUGUUUUUGCUCUCCGCCAUUCCUUUUGUUACUAUUUCAGUCUGUCUCAGCUGGAAUCAAGGCUUAGAUACACGUGUCAUUUUUGAGCACUACUAAGGGUUCAUACUUCUCAGUGUUGUGAAAGGUGUGUCACUGAUGUAACACUUGGGAGUACAGAUAGUUACGGUGAUCUACAGUCUUUUUUCACAUGGUUUCCUGGGACUUUGAAGGAAAAAAGAAAUGUUACUCUGCUACACAGAUUAAUUUAUAUGUAAAUUUGUUGUUUAUCUAUUCAGAUAUGAAUUUGAAUAUUAUUGUCAUUGUUUGUGAUAUACAAUCUUUGUACCCUGUCUACAUGGUUUUCAAAGUACCUGCUUUAUUUGGGAGACUGUUGGCUGAAUCUGAAAUAUGCUGUGCUGUCUGGUGUGAGGGGGCUUACAGAAUAGCUUUGACUGACAUAUCCUGUACUUGGAGGAAAAAAUCUACAUAUGGUGACAUAGGCCGCCAAUUAAGUCGCCAGGGCCCUGAUUGAAUAACUCUGGCGUGAAGUGAUGCGUCACCUGCUGUCACUUCUGUGAAGUGAGUGUGUAGUUUGAAGGGGGGGAGGGGGAGCUUUCCCCUGCUCUGAAAAGACCACACUAUAAAAACAUAUAAGCAAGGUACAGGAAAUAUUUUUGUAUAUUUCUCCUAUGCCAUUUCAUACUCUCUCCAGAAGUCAUGUAAAUACAUAUCAGUUAUAUGUAAAUGUUGUUAAGAGACUUGGGGUGACUUUGACAGAUGUUUGUUUACACCUGUCUCCACUGUGUUUUUAAUGUAACUUCAGGCGUGGAGCCAAGGUGUAGUUCUGUUACUCAACAGCUACAAAAAAAAAAAACACACAAAAAAACUACAAAAAAAAAAAA